CUGAUACCAGUAGAUAUUUAGAUAAGUGAAAUAUCGUAUCAGAAGUACUUUAAAAUUAAAAUCAAAUUCCUGCAUCACUUUUAGUUUUGAUGAUUACGCGAACUGUGCAAAACAGCUAUGAAGUUGUCAAUUUUCGCAGUCAUUGUUUCUUUUGCAAUAUUGAGCGAGAUUUCUGCUCUAGACGAUAGCACACGCAUUGUAAAUGGCGAAGAUACGAAAACUGGGCAGUUUCCGUUUAUGGUUUCAGUAAAAUACAGGGGUUCCCAUAACUGCGGUGGUACCAUAAUUAGCAGCAAAUGGAUUCUUACUGCAGCCCAUUGCAUACUAGUGAAUUACGUCUCACUUAUGACAAUUUUGUAUGGAACAAUUCACUUACAAAAUGGUAGAAAUCCUGUAAACAAUACCGCAAAAGUCGCGAGAGCAAUCGUACAUGAGAAUUAUCAAGAUUACGGAGGCUAUGAAAACGACAUUGGCGUUAUUGAGCUAGAAGAUGAAAUAGAAAUUAAUGGCUUAGCAAAUCCAAUUCUUCUCAAUACCCGUGAAAGAACUUUCGCCUUAGGAACAAGAGGAAUUCUGGUUGGAUGGGGAUACAACAAGACAAACGGCACCGUCCCUGACACUCUGCAGUACACUGCAAUCGAAGUAUUCGACAGCAGUUACUGUAUUAACUCGUACAACAGCAGCGUCUUAAAUCCUGCAGUUCACAUAUGCGCAGGAUUGGUUCACGGGGGUAAAGGUCAAUGUUCGGGCGACUCCGGAGGUCCACUAGUCGUAAACGGGCACCAAGUGGGAAUUGUUUCGUGGUCCGAUAAACCCUGCGCUUCUCCUGGAAAGCCUGGAGUUUUUACACGAGUUUCCACAUAUAUUGAUUGGAUUUAUGAUAAAACUGGUAUUUCAUUAUAUAAAAGUUAAUGUACUUGUAAAAUUAGACGAUUUUCGCACCAAUAAAGCAAUAAGAUACAAUAAAUGUUAGUGAUGUUU